UUUGUGCGAAUCGUUGAUUGCUCUGUUUAAUAGCUACUUGUGCACAGCCUGCUUAUCUCCGCCGUGAGUCGCCCGAGUCGAUCGAACCUUCAACCUCAACUCUCAACAGUUUCGCUCACUCUGGCUCUCUCGAAACUAAAUCCGCAACAAUGAUAAGAACUACUCAUAUUUCGCCAGUAGCAUCACCAGUGCUCUUUGUUCUCAAACAAUCGUUGUUUCCCUCUCUCAAUCUCUCUUCUUCAUUUCUCAAUUAUCACCAACUCUCCACACUUUCUUCUUUCCGAACCCUACUCCCCAAACCCCUCAAACCCUCUUCACUGCGGAGCGUGAAACGGCCCCAGCCUAUGAUAGGUCGUUUUCCAUGCGCUAAAGCUUCGUUUAGUGGUGGAAGUAGUGGCUCUGAAGGUGGUAAAGAAAUUUUGGUGCAGCACUUGCUUGUUAAAGAAGAUGACCUCAAGCUUUUAUUGGAUCUUCAGCGGAGGAUUGCUGAAGGAGAGGAUUUAAGUGAUCUUGCUGUUGAAUACUCAGUUUGUCCAUCUAAGCAAGAGGGGGGAAUGCUUGGUUGGGUGAGAAAGGGGCAAAUGGUCCCUGAAUUUGAGGAGGUUGCGUUUAGUUCGCCUUUGAACAAAGUUGCAAGGGUAAAAACUCAAUUUGGAUGGCACUUGUUGCAAGUUUUAUCUGAGAGGGAAGAAUCAUCUCUUCAAGACAUUCAGCCUGAUGAAUUUCAUGUUAAAAUGCAAGAUCCGGAUUUCCUUGAAGAGGCACAGUUGAUUGAUGUUCGAGAACCUGAUGAAGUUGCUCGAGCUUCUUUGCCAGGCUUUAAAGUUCUUCCUCUCCGCCAGUUUGGGACCUGGGGACCAGAUAUAACUACCAAGUUUGACCCUCAGAAGGAUACAUAUGUAAUGUGUCAUCAUGGCAUGCGGUCAUUGCAGGUUUCCAAAUGGUUGCAGACACAGGGUUUUAGGAGAGUAUUUAAUUUAUCAGGAGGAAUACACGCAUAUGCUACCAGGGCUGAUCCAUCAAUCCCUACGUAUUGACACAACAACUUUUCUGAUCCCCCAAUAGAUGUCUUACAAUACUAGUUACUUGAGAACCAUGUGCAACGGAUCGGGUCCUCUUUCUAUGCAACAUUCCUACAUGGUAAACAGUGUUCUGAACUUCAAGGGUUGAUAGAGAUUGAAAUUGUUGGUAUUGAAUUAAAUGGAGUGAGGAAAGAUUAACCUCAGAUUCAUAGAGGUUGAAAGAGAUUGGAUUGAAUGAGACUGAGAGAUGGGUACAAGGGGAGAAGCUCAGAUUUAAUUGUUGGGAGAAUAAAGAAAUAUAUUGUAAACUUAUCAGCCUUGUUAACCAUGCAUUUUAUUUUGUAUCGAGAUUUAGACAGAGUGACCGAUGAAUUAUUAUUGAUUGAGAUGGUACGUUGAUUAUCAGUAAUUGAACAAUUUGAUAAAUCCAA